AUGUCGGACCCCCACUAUGCCUCCCCCACCGCAGCCUCCACACAACACCACAUCAACGAACAACAUGUGCCGACUGGCAGAGGACUCAAGAGCUUCUUUACCAGAGUCACGUCGCCCACGCCGGGGGAAGCGCCUGCUGGUCGGUCCCGGUUCAAAUCUUUCAUGGGCGAUGCCGCGAGCAAAACUGGACCGGGAUCCAAGCUUGCGCCCACUAGGCAAGGCAAUGCGGGUCAGCCGAUAGAAGCCCUCGGCACAAGAAGGCGGACGUUAUCGAAAGAUGUCCAUGGCAGGUCGUCGGUAGCGGACCAGACGAGAAAAGGGUCGCAGUUGGAUCCAUCUGUGCCCACUGUGGAUAUGAGAAAGCACAUUCGCUUCAAUCCCAAUGUGCUACCUCGAUUGCAAAAGGGUGAUGAUGGGAAAUGGCAGCCGCCGUCGCUUUCGAGAGGUUCCAUGUCGACGUCGGCUCUGCAUCAAAUGCAGGAGCAAGACCCGAAUGUGGUGCCCACCAUCAAUCCGAAGAAGGGACCGCAGCACGCGUUAUCAGGUCUAUUUCAUCCUUCAACGCGGAGGAAGAGUAGCGUCCCUGCGACGUACAAGAAGGCAGAGGAUGAUCUGGCGAGAACGACAAAAAGUCCGACUCGAGGGCUCAAGACCAAAGUGACAGUCGAAGAUCUUCAGCGGACUAUAAGUCCUGGUGCGGUCUCGCCAACUUUGCGUGCCCCGAGAACCCCCGUUUCUCCCAUGUCGGUCCCAGUUCCCCCGACAUCAAGCGUCGCUCCGCCCUCCCAUCGUCCUCCCCAAUCGCCUCCAUUGUCCAAGACCCCUCAACCAGCGUCUCAACCAACUGUGCCUGUCUCACAGAGCACAGUCAGGCGACCUACUUCUCUCCCUGCACCCCUCCCUCCUCCCGACGUACCUACUCAUGCAAGACAAGCGUCCGACAUUGCCGCAUUACCGCCCGCUGCAACCCCUCCCCUCUCUCGAGAACACUACCUCCUACGCCUUUCGACUUCCUUCAUUGUCAAAUUCUUGACGCCUGUCGUCCGAGGGUCCAGCUUUGUGCAGGGCGACAAGGGCUCAGAGAUCAGGCGAUUGGCGGAUGAACGGCUGGCAGUGCUGGUCAGGAUGGAAAGGGCUUGGGGGUCGGAUUGGGUCAAGGCCGCGGGAACCUUGAACGAUUCUCAGCCAGGGCAAGCACAAGCUGCUACAGCUCCGAUGGAGACGAGGAUUCGAGCUGCGUAUGUUGGCGAGAGGUCCAAGGAGCGGGAGAGAAAGGCUUGGCUUGAAGCCAUGCGAGAUGGUAUACUGUUGUGCUUCCUCUUCAACCAACUAUUCCCAUAUAGCCCGGCUCAUAUCACCAGAGUCAACAUCUCAGAAGAUGGCAUCAAUCGCUCGACCAACGUGACCCGCUUCAUCGCCGCCUGUCAAACCGCGGGUUUGCAGGAGAGAGAGUCGUUCGAAUUGUCAGAUUUGAAGGGAGGCUCGGAGCUCGGUUUGGGAAAGGUUGCAGCAAGCGUUGUUGCACUGGCUCGUAUCGCUGGUCCCUCCCGUUCCAAGUCUCCCGUUGGGUCACGACCGGCUAGUCGUCCUGGGUCUCGAAUGAGUAAUGCCACGCCGACCAACAGCCCUCCGCCCACCCCAAAACAACCGAUCUUUGAGAUCGCUAGCCCUUCAUCUAUGAUGUCAGCCAAACCUGCCAGUACCCCGACACGGCCGUCGCCUUUUCCUCGCUCGACGACUCAGCCUAUUUUGUCUCCUACAAUCCGCCCGAAAUCACCGCCAGCGUCCCCGAUCUCACCAGUCCGUUCCACAUCGUCCAGAAGCACUACGCCUGUAGGAGGGACCCCGAGUCUUCAAGUGCGCCCUGUGUUACGUCCUCGUAACAUCACAGGAUCCAGAGCGUCGGUGUCAUUCGCCAGUAACGUCUCCACAUCUGUGCCCUCCGCAUCCUCGGACACCGGGAAUAGGUCAUCUCAACCUUCACUUUUGACUCAUUCACGUGAGCGGACCCCCAGUCUGAUCAGCUCGGAUUCACGGCCAACAUCGGCAUGGACCCGUUCCAGCGGGACCUUCUCGGUCGCAGCUACGGUGCUUGGUGGGAAUGAGACGAAUGCUGUAGAUCUUACUGAAGCGGCAGUGGAUCAGGAUGGUGCCCGUAUGCGUGAACGCCGGAUGAGUGGGACUACCUUGCAGAAUGCGAGACAGAAGAUCUUGGGGACGCUCCUGAGCAGCGAAGAUCUGCCAGAAGACCUUCGAAACUCUGUCACGAAUAACAGUAUGAACAGCGCAGAGGACGAGGCAUUGAUGAACUCUCUUGCGGCUCUCGAAGGCCGACGCGCAUCCCCUCUGGUCAAAACAGAUCCCACCCCACCACCUCGGCCUUCAAAUCGUCGAUGUUCCACCAGAGAGGUUGCGAGGCAAGAAGUUGAUCCUGUCAAAGAAGAGGACGAGCACACCCAAAGCUCCGGGUCUCCAAGGAUCAAGCCGUCUCUGACUCUGACUCCCACCUCUCCCGAGCGUCCCGAACGCCUCGCGAGGGUGGUCAGUGCAAGCGGCAAGUUCUAUAUCCCCAAGAGGUCUAUAUCGCCCGCGUCUAACGUCAGUACGCCGACCGGCGUGGCCUUUGCACAUCUUUCUUCUGGAUCUCCAACGCCGGAAUUGUCUUCGACCCACUUUUCGGAUAGGCUCACUCGUGGGACCAGUCCCCCACCUCAGAUCGUCGGCCGAGCUGUGCCGCCGAUUGAGAGGGGCACAAGACAUCACAGCUUCACUUUUGUGCCUGCGUCACAAGAACCAAUCUCUCCUGUGCGCCCUAGACAACCACGAAACAGCAGCAUGGUCGAUGUGAGCUCCAAGUCUAUGCUUUCAAGAGAAGCCUCACCUUCAGGUGCCGUCAAAAGACCGCGGACCAGUCAAAGUCUGCAAGUUCUGGAGUUUCAUGAGAAAGGCGAGCCCGUUGUCAGAUAUCAAUUGGGUGACUGUAUCGGACGCGGUCAAUUUGGAUCUGUCUAUCGAUCUUUGAAUCUUGGGACUGGACAAAUGUCUGCUAUCAAACGAAUCAGGCUAUUUGGCAUGCCAGAGAACGAGGUUAAGGAUGUCAUGCGAGAAGUUGAGCUGCUGAGAAGGCUAUCCCACCCCAGCAUCGUCAAGUACGAAGGGAUGUCUAGGGAUGAUCAAUACCUGAACAUUGCUCUAGAGUUCGUCGAGAAUGGCUCUUUGGGUCAGACCCUCAAGGCUUUUGGUACUUUCAACGAGCAAUUGGUGUCCUCCUAUGUUGCAAAGAUAUUGGAGGGCUUGAACUAUCUGCACUCUCAAGGUGUCGUCCAUUGUGAUCUGAAGUCGGCCAAUAUCUUGUCGACAAAGACCGGCAACAUCAAGCUGUCAGAUUUUGGUGUCUCGCUCAACAUGAAAGCUCUGGAAAAUAUGAAGCAAGAGGCCAAGACCGCUGGGAAAGCUGGGGCACGGCAUGCGUCGGAAGUAGCUGGCACACCGAAUUGGAUGGCGCCCGAGGUCAUCUCGUUGGCGGGUGCAUCAUUUUCGUCCGAUAUUUGGUCACUUGGUUGUACCGUCAUCGAAUUGCUUACUGGCAAGCCGCCGUAUAGUGACGUACACAACAGUAUGACCGUCCUGUUUCGCAUCGUUGAAGAUGAGAUGCCUCCCCUUCCUUCAGGCAUCUCAGACGACCUUGCAGACUUUCUACGCCUCUGCUUCACCAAAGACCCCGAUACUCGGCCUUCCGCUGCUGUUCUUUUCGAGCACAGAUGGUUGACGUCGUUGAAUCCUCAAUUGACGGUACUGCGCUCGCAAGACAGUCUCCCAUUUCUGUCGAGGGUCAGUAUGGACUUUCGUCGUACAAGCAGCACCCAGCUCUUCCAACAGAGCGACGCGACUCCCGAGACUGUCGCCCCUGAACCGCCGGCCACUCCGGUUCAGAAAGAAGCCAAUACCCCCACCAAGGCGCAUGUCCUUGUGAAGACAACUUUCGGGAAAGCUAUCGCCUGCAGACUCUGUGAUUCCCUUGUCAAGAAGGGUGUCCUAUGUCAGGACUGUGGAAUGAUCGCCCACACGUCCUGCGAGAGUGUCGCCAUGUCCAAAUGUGACGUCCAUGAGCAAUUAGCCAUCCUCAAACGCCAACAGGAGCAGCAGACGUCAGAAAUCAGGGGGGGCACAGGGACACCAGCCCCAAGAGCGAGCUUCGAUGGCCGAGACGGGCAUUUCGGAGCUCUUCCUGGCAAGAUUCUGCUGGGCCUGAAACGGUCUCGAGCCUUUUCACCUCCUCGACAAUCCCAAAUUGAUCUACGGGCAUCACUAUCUGCCAGUCCGCGUGGGCAGGACACGGCGUCCCCUUCUGCAAAACGAUAUCAUCAGUCGAGCCCUAGAGAAAGCACAGACACGUCUGAAGGAUCACAUAACGACAGCCUGCAGAACCGAUCAUCGUUCUAUAGCAGUACGUCUGGGUAUGGGAAUCUGGAAGAGGGUCCUGCAAGAGGGGUCACUUCUGGCUUCCAGGGUGACCGUAGAAAUUCAAUGGCGAAAGACAAUAGGAAGAGUCAGGAGAUGGAGAGAGUCAGGACUCUGAGCGGUGUAGAAAGAGAAAGCGGGAAGAGCGAGUGUGUAAUUCAAUGA